AUGGAGAGCCCUACCUUGCCAAAGAAAAUUCGAGAAACGAAAGUUUUAGUUUUAUACACAGGCGGAACGAUUGGAAUGAAGAAAACAGAUGGAGGUAAAGGGCUGUCGAAUAAUUUCCCUCAACUUUUGCCUGGCGUCUCACGUAGUCAGACUGAACGUAUGAUAACCCAAUGAUACAAUUAAAUAUGCUUUGUUUUACUUUGUUUAGGAUAUCAGCCGAAAUCUGGCCACCUUCAGACGCAAAUAAAGAGACUUCCUAUGUUGUAUGAUGAGGAUUAUACAAAGAUUGAACCAACAGGAAGUCUUAAGUCUUUCAGCUGUGACAACGCUGCCAGUACUUCACAGUUAGAAGAGUUAGCAAUGCCGUAAGUCUAUUUAUACAUGUCUGCGUGUUCAGCUGUUUAAUGAUUUAGGCUUUUGUGAUAAAUGUUUUGUUUUCAUACCCUGCUGAUGUGUUCGAUGUGUUGUCAGUGAUGUUAAUGAUCAAGAAACAACAGUCGAUAGAGGCAUUGUAGAAUUAUUUCAUCUAAUUUAAAUGUCGGCGUGGACAAACGAGAGUCAAAAUCAUUUUCUAUACAUCCUUUUUUAGUGGGCACCAUUACGUAAUCAAAUUCUUUGAAACCUAUGUCAACGAUGCCUCUCAAAAUUAACCAAGCUUACUUAGCUCCUAAAAUUGUUUACUUAAUCUUUGGGGUUCGAUUUGUUUACCAACAUGCGUGCGUGACUUGCUCAGGAAUACACGUCGUAGCCAAGUCAAUGAUUAAACCUCUGAACGUUAAAUUUGUUCGGUAUCGCAGCUGAAACCACAUCGAUUCUUUUGACAAUGCUCAGUUGAAGAGACACUCUAAGAUCGACAAUGUUUCAACCUGAGAGGAGUUAGUUUUCUCAGCUAGAAAUUAUAUUUGAAGGUGAUACAAAAUAACUUCUGAGAAUCUUAAAAUUAGGGACUGUUCUGAUGGGAAAUUCUCCUAUGAAACUAUUGAAAUUUCUUGUAAUAUUUUUCAUAUAUCACAAGGUACAAAAUUUCUACUUUUGUUGGAUUCUCAACUUGCUAGCCACGUUAUUUAAAUAUUCUGACAUGAUGUUAGUCCAGUGGACAAAAAUAUAUAGUGCCAUAAAUGGGAAUAGAGAGACAUUUAUUCAAGUGGGCAUAUAAAAUGGUUAACAGGGGAUUGGCAAUGGGUUUCCAGACUCAAAUUUAACAAUAUGUUUAUAUAUAGAAUGAUACAUAAGCCAUGCAGAUAACAAGUGUAACAAGCAAGCAUAUCUUUAAGCACCAUAGGCCUUUACUAUGAAAAAUGGGUGACAUGUCAGCAGCUGAUAAAAAAUUAUCUUAAUUGUACAUUCAUGUAGUUAGACUUUUAUGAGAGCUGGAAAUCCUUAAAAAAAAAAACCAGCAGUUUGUGUAAAUAUAAUCCCCCCUCCCCCUUUUAAAAUUAGAAUUAUUUUAGUUUUCUAAUAGGCUUCACUUUUAGCAUGUCACAGAAAAACUCUCCAAACAUGCACACUCACUUGUUGCAUACCAUUACUUAAACAGCAUAUCAGCUCAUGGAGUGCGAGUAUUAUAUUAUAUCAAAGAAUACUUACCCCUUAAAGACUCAUCAAACAUGACGAUUGGAGACUGGGUGGAAAUUGCACUUGAUAUUAAAGACAAUUACAGUAGAUAUGAUGGGUUUGUAGUGAUACAUGGAACAGAUACAAUGGCCUACAGUGUUUCUGCUUUGUCAUUUAUGCUGGAAAACCUUGGGAAAUCUGUGAUCUUCACUGGUUCACAGGUAAGAUGUCCCACUUUUGAAAUUUUCAUUAACCAGUUAGUUUGCAAAGUGAGGGAGGGUCUGCAGAAAAUUCUGUCAAGUUUUUAGUGUGUAUAUUUUUUUCUUUGUGCAUAGAGACUUUAGUGUAACGAUGGUGGAAUUAAGUUUUGAUCUUGUAGUCUAACAGUUCAGAGCCCAGUUGUUCAAAGGGCAAUUGAUUGUAUUCAAAAGAUGAAUGAGCAUCCAGUGGAUAAGUGUUUAAAAAAAUAUUAUUACAUUAUCUACCAUUUUCGAGAUUUUUGCAGUGGAUGGAAUUAUCCACCCUUCAAACAUCAAGGGGCAUGGAAAGGAUGGUGAUACUCUAGGUUUGUCUAUCAAUGACUUGUUUACUUAUUGAAUUUUUAUUUUCCAAGGUUCCAAUUUAUGAGCAGAGAAAUGAUGGUCGUGACAACCUGUUAGGUGCAUUGGUCAUUGCUGGUCACUACAUUAUUCCUGAGGUUUGUCUUUAGCUUUGCCUCUGUUAAAGGAAAUCUCUACUGGUAAACAAGGCACCAUUGAAUUAUUGAUAAAAAUACUGUAUCCUUAUGGAGAAUGUGGAAGCAAUAAAUGGUAAUUAUAGGUUUUAAAUGUGAGACAAAAUCAAUGUGUAACAAUUAUUCACCAAAGGCAAAGUGAACAUUGUUGAAUUAUGCCUAAGACAAAGUUGAGGGGAUUAUCGAAGAAUCUUCACUGAGCCUGAGCUGAAUAAUUGUUUUGGUAUAACUGCGCUGGUGCUUUUGAAUUCUGUUGCAAAUUCAUUUAAUUUUUAAAUUAAAAUUGUAAGUUCUGUUACAAUUGUUUUAAAGAGUUAUUCAUAUUGAAAUAGCAGUGAGUUUCCUCUACAAUUUAACAGGUUCAUUUAAUUCCAUUAACAAAAACUCUACAUCUUUCUUUUGAAAGUGUUAUGCCAAACUUAAUAGCAUCUUUUGCCCUCUUUGGAAAUUGAAUUUUCUUCUAUCAUGUUCAUCACUUCCUUGGUAACAUUGACAAAACGCAAGAUAGCCACUUUGAAAUUAGGGCUCCCACUAUAAUCACCUUGCAUUGGGUGAUAAUAGCAAGAUAUGAUGCAAUCAUGAACCAAUAAUAGUGCAUACAUCUCUAUGAUCACUGGAGCAAUUGUUCUAAAUGUUAUUCUUUUUUCAUUUCUCUUUUGUUGGGAGAACUGAGAUUGUUUUUUCUAUGCCAGGUUACUCUGUUUUUUGCCGGAUAUUUAUAUCGGGGUAACCGUUCCACCAAAGUGAGUGCUGGGAGCUUUGAUGCCUUCGCCUCCCCAAAUCUUCCUCCCCUGGUAACCAUGAAGGUGAACAUUGAAGGUAAAAUCAUUCAUAAUCCUUAAAACUGUAACAUCAGUAUGCAUAUUCUCCAUACUGUUCUCUAUACAUUUCCAAAGGAGCCAGUAAGGAGAACUUGUUUAACAGUCAUGAGCUUUUUUGGCUGGUGAUCAUUUCCUUUAUUCUUGUGACUUCAGUGUUUGAUUUAGGGGUGAUAUUGUAAAGGAAAUUAGAUGCUUGUCACUUAGGAGUCACAUGGUUAUCAAUGAAUCUUUCAGAUGUAUCUUACCUUGAAAAUGGUGAUGAAAAUGUCAAUCAUUCCCUUUGUUCAAGGAAACAGACAGAAAUGUUUUUGAUUAGAUUGCUGAGUGCAAGUGCAUUUUCAUCUGUAAAAUGCAGUAUACGGUUGUCAUUUCUCUGGAGGUGCUAAGAACUAGUUAUCAGACAACCUGAUUUAUGUAAAAUAAAUGAAAUUCUUUAAAAAUUUUUACAAAUACUUGUCUGAGUGGUCCAUAGUCAUAUUUCCCACAUCCCUUAAUUCAAUUGCUAGGAGGUAACCACUCCAUAAAUUCAGAUUUUUUGUAAACCUUUGGUCAAAUAUGUUAUGUCUAAUGAUGUUACAUUCUGACUGCAAUGUUCCAAUGCCUGUGCAACUUUCUUUAAUUCUUGCAGUGCAGUGGGAUGCGAUAUUCCGUUCAAACAGUGUUAACAAGUUCACAGUUUGUUCUAACAUGAAUCCCAACAUUGGACUGCUUAGGCUCUUUCCAGGGAUUACAUCUGAAACUGUAAGUAAUGACAGUAAUCAUGGAAUUCCCAUCAACAAUCUUUGGUGCUCAAAUAUACACAUGUACAUAUUUCAUACACAUGCACAUAAGUGUUAGAUUGAUGACUGCCUUUUUAUUUUAUUUCUCUUCCUCAGGUGCAAGCAUUUUUAAAACCUCCCAUGCUGGGUGUGGUCCUGCAGACGUAUGGGUGUGGAAAUGCACCUAACAACCGUGAGGACAUUAUUUCUGAAAUAAAGAAAGCUACUCACCGAGGUGUAUUAAUUGUCAACUGCACACAGUGUCUCCAUGGUCCUGUGGUUGAUCAAUAUGCCACAGGAAAGGUAAGAAAUUGAAAACUAGAGUUACAUGUUUCUCUUUCACAUUUACGUUGUCACCUCUCAAAAAUCUAGGGUUGUAAUGAAUUCAGGUUUAGAAGCAUUCUGACCACCUUUUUAGUCCUUUAACUCCCAAGAUCUGAUCGUUAAUUUUCCCCUCUAGAUGUUACACAUUUUCUUGUAAAUUAGUCAUGAGAAUUUCGUGUUAGAUCAUGAUAACAACUUCUACCGAAUAAGUUUGAGUUUUCUCAUCACCUGUGUAAAAAAUCAAUUUACGAAAAAAGAGACUAGAGUCCAAACUCCGUAGAAAAUAUGUAUUAAACUUGUUAAAUGAACCACAACAUUUGGCUAAAAUAAAAAUUCCGUAACUUCUUUAAAUUCCAAACAAAGGAGUAACAAACUUACGCGAACGAAAGCUCAAAAACAACUGAUUAAAACUCCGCGAAAACAAAACUAAAAGUACGCGAAAAAUGUCCACGUCAGUUUUCCAUUGUCAAGGUUAAAGUUAUUUGAUGUGAUUGGCUAAUUUGUGAAAUCACGCGCGCUGCGCGUGAAUUCAAAAGGAAUACGAAGCGGGGAGAGGAAGAGAAAAAUUGUUACUUGAAAUUUAGAAAAACGAUAGAGAUUUUCUACAACCUGUUUGCUUGAUAAUGUAUGGAUUUUAUGAUGAGAAGUUAUGGAGUAUGUUAAUAACUUCUGGGAGCUAAAUGGUUAAUGAUUGUGGAUUAUACGUAGACUACGAGUGGUACCUCCUUUUCGGCGAAAACCACCAAUAAAAAAAUUGAUCGUAGCGCACCGUAGGAAGCUCUUAGAGUGACGUCGAUGCGCCGCGGGGGCGCCUUGGAGCUGCUGCGGUGCAUCGACGUCACUCCAAGAACUCCUCGCGGCGCGCUAGUAUCAACUUUUCUUCACCGAUAUUUUUUAUUCGCGCAACGGAGUUCGCCGAGAAGGCGGGACUGUUCGUAGUCUGUAUAAUACAAUUGGUUUUGGGACAAGAAGGGGUCACAGCGCAGAUUCCCCAAAGCCACGCCCUCGGUGAUGGGAAUGUGCUUGGAGUGGAGAAUUUACCGCAUUUAGGUGAAGGCAGAGUUUAAUUGAGAAGGGGUAUACAGGAUAGGAAACCUCAGUAGUAAGGCCACUGUAUUUGUUUGUAUCAAUAUCUCAGCUAUAAUUGUUGUUGUUGGUGACGUAUUUUUUUAUCAGGUGUUGUUGGAUGCAGGGGUGAUUCCUGGCUCAGACAUGACACCUGAAGCAGCACUCACCAAACUUUGCUACGUGUUGGGAAAAACGGAGCUCAGUUUGAAUGAGAAACGAGAGGUAGCGUAUGUUACCAGGUGUAUGACCACUUCAGUUUCAAUCUGGUCUUUCUUCGUUUUAGUUUUAUUCUGUUAAAUGCCAUAAUUUUGUGACUUCUUUUUCUUUUUUUUAGUUGAUUCGAAAUAAUAUUCGCGGAGAACUCACCGUCGCUCAUACAAGGGAACAAUUCUCUCUCAAAGACAACUCAUUCAUUGCUGCCGUAGCAUCGUCAUUACAGAUCAGCUCCAGCAAGGUUAUCAUUUUCUUAGUUACCGUAUUUCCUCGAAUAUACGCCCUCGUUCUUGUAAGUGCCCCCCCCCCCUCGACCUCCACCUCCAAGUUAGCACCCACGGUCCACCUCUAAGCCGCAUGUAUUGACAAGGAGAAUUCGUUUAACAAUCAAAGCUUCAUAGGUAGGUGAUCAUUUCCUUUAUUGUUAUAAUCUUAAAAUAAAUGAUCCAGCAGGACAUGGAAUACUUUUUGUACAAGUGUUAACUUUAUUUUUAGGAAAUGAAAUUCAUAAGGCAAGCUCUACUUCCUGUGCUCAUGAGCUGUGCUACAAGUGCUGGGAAUGUGAGGACAAUGGAAGAACUUCUUAAUCAGGUAGGGUAUGCAGAUUAUGUUGUCUGCUUUUGUCGCGCACCGAUCCUCUUACACAACCACGACUGAUUCGUACUCAUUCCUCGUACAGCGAAGCGCCUUCCCUUCAUCUCUUUUAUCACUUGCUACUCUGACCCAGGAAACUCUCGGUUGUGGGGACGAGCGAAAGAGUGGAGAGAGUGAGCGAGAAAACAAAGUUUAUGGGGGUUAGGACUUCCUCCCAGACCCUUUCUGUUUCCUACUAAGAUUUUCCCUCUCUUUUUUUUAAGGGUGCUGAUGUAAAUGCCACUACGGACUACGAUGGUAGGACUCCUCUUCAUAUCGCAUGCGUAGAAGGCAACACGGAAGCGGUCGAAUUUCUCCUGGCAAAAGGCGCAAUUACGCAAGUGCGAGACAGAUUUAAAUGCUCCCCUCUGGACGAUGCCAUUAAAUUCCGGCACAAAGAGAUCGUUAAAACGCUUCGGAAAGCUGGUGCUCAGUUGAUGAAAUCUUCUAUGGAGACAGCGGUUGAACUUUGUCGCUUGGCUGCGAAAAAUCGAGUGGAUGACUUACUCGUAUGGCAACUCGCGGGAGCGGAUUUUAAUGCGAGCGAUUACGAUAAAAGGACGCCUCUCCAUGUGGUGAGUUCGGAGAAAAAAUGUAGACAGUAAGAAAGACGCACUCAAAGUUUUCGACCCCCAAAACUUAAUUGAUUUUGAAUGUAAUCUGGGAUUUCACCGCCUUUGCAUUUAUUUGUGAUUGGUGCUGAAAAUUUGUGUCCUCCUUCUCGACCAGUCAAAUGCAAAGCUAAAUGAUACCAUUCGCGAAGUGGUCACCCGCGUUUUCCCGCGCUUUUUCCAAGCAGUUUUCUUGUUUUUACUUUGAGUUAUCAUUGACUCCAAGCGCUAUGUUUAUUUAUUGUUUUUUUUUUCUGAUUGACUGUGUUGAUUACCUCGGUUCCUUUUUUAAGAGGCUUAAAGAAAAUGCGCACGUUGCUGAAACCAUACCAGUGGUUGAGCCUCAUUUCCUUCCGGGUUUGACCCUUUGACCCGUUUGAGUGACUAACAUCUAAUUUCUCCUUACAGCAUCACCCCUGAAUCACACAUUAAGGUCAUGAGAAUAAAGGAAAUGAACGUCACCAACAGAAGUUUUUGAUUGUUAAACAAAUUCUCCUUGUCAGCACCUUAAGAAAUGUAUAGAGAACAGUAUGGAGAAUAUGCAUACUGUUAUCAAGGUAUAAAGGGUUUAGACGUUUCCUCUUCUUCUGAAUUGCAGGCCGUUUGCCGUAACAACGUAGAGACUGUUGCCUUCUUGCUGGAGCAUGGUGUAAACCCGUACCUCCGUGAUGUUUUUGGCAGCACUCCCUUGGACAAUGCCAAGUCGUAUGAAUUGCACAAUAUUAUCGAUAUGUUAGACGGAUACUGCGGAUUAAAGCAGUUUAAUGUUCUCUCUCUAACUGAAUCAUCUUGAAUAAUUAUUUUAACAUGUUUUUUUUGUUUGUUUUUUUUUAAUAUAGGAAAACAGCCUGUUCCAAGCUUUCAGUAAGUAGCGGCUGAGUGAAAAAACCAGGGAGGCCUGGGUCAAGUCGCCGGAGAACGCUAUUACGCGAACCGACCAAAGUCUCCCUCGUUCUUUAACACUUAUCCGUUACUAUCGCCUCGUUUCAGUUGCGCUUCGUUUUACCAGCUGAACACCUGGAACAGGAUAAUGGACCGAUAGAAUUAAAGUAAUUUUUUUUUUGAACAAGGAAUAUGUGUUAAAAUCAGUUAAAGGAUCGUAGUACAAGUGAGACAACCAGAAGGCUAUGUUUUCAAUUGAAGAGAAAUACGCGCGAGUGACUUAACAUUUUAUUUAGGAAGGAAUGCAAGGUAGCCGACUUUUACUUCUUACGCGAUUGGCAAAGCAGCAAAAAACCGACAACGAGAUGUUGAAAACGACUUUCGGUAACAGCCACUAAAAAACACCUGAAUGAUUUUUUUCUUUGCGAUACUCAUUCGAAAAUUACUCUUUGGCUGGCAAUAUUGGGAAAAUUAUUUUAAGGUCAUUUUAAAGGCUGUUAUUUAUUGAAGGGAUAACUGAGCUCAAGAUUUGGGUUUCGCCAUUUAAGAUAUGACGAUGUUAUUUAUUUUGUAUAUAUUUUGUAUAUAUUUAUAAUAUAUCCAAAACAAACAAAAGCGUGAGGGGAAGGGGGCUGGAUGCGCUCAGAUAAAUAUUAUUUAUAAAAAUUAUCAAGUUAGUUAUUCACAUUUUGAGGGAGUAUUAUAUGUUAGUGUUCGUGUUCAUGCAAACGCCAAUCGCAUUUUUGUUUGUUUGUUUAAUGGGAUAAAAAAAACCUAAAGGCCAGGAUUGUAUUUUUGUAAAGAAUAAGCUAAAUAAAGGAAACUUAUGGGUAACUAUGAUUCCUCCGUUCUUUUCUGAAAACUUCGCUUAAACUUACGAAAUUAGUACAUUGUUUCUAAGCUGACGUACCGAGCGUUAGCCCUUCGUCAGAGCGAAUGGCCUGGGGCUAGCGCUCGAAGCGUCAGCUUUUAAACUCUUCACGGUGGCGAUUUACAUUACCAACUCAGUUGAUAAAAUCAAAUUGUCUUGUUAUACUCCCCCACCGACGCAGCAAAAGAGCUUCUUUAGAAAGUUACCCCCCUUUUUACGCUUGGAGUAAACGACCAUGACAGUUAGGCUUGGUUAUGUAUCGGGAGAUACGAGUGCGAAAGUAAUGACAAAAAAGAAAAACAACAACAACGAACAGGCGUGCAGUUGUAAGCAGCACAUGGUGAACUCAUUCCUUAUAAUUAGUCAAUUCCUUGUUACAGGCUUUAAACUGCACGUGACGUUAGUAUCACGCGAUACUGCAAGUCAAGAGAUUUCGCUGCUCUUGCAACCUAUGAGAGCUUGCGGGCAGAGUAAAAACGACCAGAGCAGUAUUGCUGCUUCUUCCUAACAUUUUGCAUAACGUGAAUUGACAAGAAAGAACGCGAUAGUAACUGGAUGGCCUCUCGAAGGUAUGUUGGUUGACCCACAUCUUUCGGCCUAUCCUGUUAGUUCAGAAUAGAGCUACACACAUUUCACAUUUCAAAAACCGAUUUUCCUUUAAACACCCUUAGCCUUGCAUGAUUAUUUAUUCUAGGUUUCUUUCCAUUUUUAGAAAAAUUUUCCUUCCCCGAUAGCUUCAUCAGCACCAACACCACCUCAUAAUCCUCUCACUUCUUUAAAUAAGGCUCGGUUGCUCAGCUAGCAAAGAUGGCGAGUUCCCGGGAAAUCGAAGGUCAUCGCCCCACCCGACAUACAAACUGUUCUAUCGGUGAUUUCGGAACGUUAUGAGUGAUCCUGUUAAGAAAAUAUCUACAAGCUCCAAGAAAAGCCUAAAAACACUUCCGGAGUGUGGCGAAAAUGACGGCAUUGUUGUUACAACAGGUGGCUCAGAAAAGUGCGCAGUACCGUCGAGCACAAAACAUCUUCCCUCGACUACAGCAGGGAAACAAACAAUGCAAUCAACUUCCAGCUCGGACGCUUCUGACGGUGAUGUUGCAUUGAAAAGGCGAUCAUUUCAUGCACAGCUGUCUCGAAGUUUCUUUCAGUCGCGGUCUUCGAGUUCGUCCUCUGUAGAUGGUGGUUCUUCGAGUCCGUCGAAAAGCCGUCUGGGCACGGUUCCUGUGGAGGAUCCUAUCACACACGAGAAUGUUGUAAACAGUAAAGUUUUGUUGUUGUAUACUGGUGGUGCGCUUGGAUGGAAAGUAGAUCCAAACCUAGAAGGUAAACAUUUCAAAGUAAGGAAUUAUAAAAUCAUAUCAUGUGACCGAGUGCUUUGCAAGGGGUCUUCAAGAGUGAGUCAGUAGAUGGGAGAGGUUAUGGCACAGUACAAGUGGGUGGUGCUUUUACCUUACAGUGAUAAGGAUAAGAACCAUAGGUGAUCUCAAAAUAACAUUACUUGAGGAUUUUUUGGAGCGACAAUUAUACCCCCCCCCCCCCACCAAAAAAAUAAACAAACAAAUUAAUAAAACAAAAACAAAAAAAACUUCAGUGGGGUGGGGUAGUAUUUGCUUCAUUUUCAAAGGAUUGUCACAAAGUUUGAUGCGAAAGCUUACAUCUAGAUUUGAUGCAAGCCCAUGUUCUGCAUGUUGAUAAGUCUCCUGGGAGUCAACUUGUUCCUGUAAAGUUAACCACUGAUUUUUCAGGAUUUCAUCUUGAUAAGAAAAAUGUACUGAAAGAACUGAAGAAGCUCCCCAUGAUGCAUGAUGUGGAGUAUGUUGACUACAUCCUUAGCAAUGUACUGGAUGAUAUUCCAGAGGAGGGCAUUGGAUCAGACACAAUUGUGAUGCCGUGAGUAAAUGAGAAAAUGUCAAUUUCUGGCACUUAUAGGCUCUCAGAAUGAAUAGUCCUCAUUCACUUUGAACCCCAAAAUACAUUGAAUAAAAUUUAACCCCAAAUACAUUGAAUAAAAUGUAUGAUACUCUGAAAAAUGCCAAACAUCAGGGUAAUUGUGAAUGCAAAUGGCCCACAAGGUGUUGUGGCUUAUCUUAGUCUAUGUAACAUGAAAGGACUAGGAGUUGCCACUCCCUUGGAUUGGAUGCAAGUUUAUUACAGGUUAACCCCUUAACCCCUAAGAGAGACUAGCCUUAAUUUCUCCUUGCAGUAUCACACCUGAAUCAAACAUUAAGGUCAGGAGAAUAAUGGAGAUGGUCAACAACUACAGGAGCUCUUGAGUUUUACGCAAAUUCUUCUUGUCAGCACCUUGGAACUGUACAAAGAACAGUAUGGGGAAUAUGCAUAAUGAUUUUAGAGUGUAAAAGGUGACCACCUAACAUUCCAUCAGGUUCCCCUUCAUUUUGCUGGAACUCAUGUACUCCUGAGAUAGGUUGUACCAUUUUAUAAUCCUGGGUGGAGUGAGACAGCACCUAUUUAUACUCCUGGGUGGAGUAAGACAGUACCUUUUUAUACUCCUGGGUUGAGUAAGUCAGUACCUAUUUAUACUCCUGGGUGGAGAGAGAGGCAGUACCUUAUUAUACUUCUAGGUAGGGAAAGGCACCUCAAGAGUAACAUGUCAUAAUGACAUGGUGAGGUGUCAAACUUGUAACUUUCAAUACAGAGUGUAGAGUGGUAGCUGUUAAUAAGGUUAGCAGGUCUGUUGGUAAAAUGAACAUUAGCAGAUGAAGUGGCAAGGAGAUUUGGCUCACCAUACACUAUUGUGUUUAUUUCUAAUCCGCUUAGAGUCAGCAAGUAUGGAAAACGUGUGUUUGUUGAUGUUCUUGAGAUGAAAGAGAGUCAUGUAGUUGUUCAUUCAAAAGAUCAAGACAUUCAAGACUGGAUCAAUAUUGCACUGCAAAUCAAGGAAUGUUAUGAGAAAUAUCAUGGAUUUGUUAUUCUUCAUGGCACAGAUACCAUGGCAUAUCUUGCAUCAGCACUCUCAUUUAUGUUUGAGAACCUUGGAAAGUCAGUGAUCUUCACUGGUUCUCAGGCAAGUUUGUACAGUUGCAUAACUCUAUCAAUAACACAGAAUGAUGUGUGAGUAAAAGUAAUAAUAAUGAAUAAUGAUACUAAUAAGUAUAGCAAUUAUGGCAGUCAUUAGAAAACAAAUAUAGUGUUUUAAAAAUCCCAACUGACCAGCGGCAAAACAUUUGGCUAUAUAUUAAGUACAGCCAAGGAGUUGAGCUUUGGGAAACCAAGAAAAAUUCAAUGAGUAACAAGGUGGAAGGCUUAUACCCAGGACCACUGGAUUACAGGUCUAGUGCCCUAACCACUCUGCUGAACUGCCAUCUUUUAGUAUAUUAUAUGAUUAUAUACUAUAAACAUGUUAGAUUUGUAUAGUUAUAUUCAUUCAGAUGUCAGACAAUUGACUCCUGGUUUGCUGCAUGUACUUGUUAAAUCAAUAUGCUGGAUUUAUUUUGUGUAGUAUGCUUUGAGUGAUCAUCUAAAUGAUGGAAGGCAAAAUCUUCUUGGAGCUCUAAUGAUUGCUGGCCAUUAUGUCAUCCCAGAGGUAAAUUUUAAGUAUAAAUUGAUAAUUGAGUGACUUUCAUGAAAAAAAAAAUCAACAACGUUCACCAAAUACAGUAUUUUUAAUGCUUAAUUAUAAAUUGUUUGCAGGGCCUUGCAGAACACUGAUUUUGUUAGUCUGGCUUACUUUUUUUCAUUGUCAUUACCACUCUCACCAUCUCUUUACUAUUAUUAUUAUUAUUAUUAUUAUUAUAUUAUACUUUAUUAAAUUCUCCUAUUGAGGCUCUUCAGAAUUUAAUUAAAAUGUAAAAAAUGAUGUUAAAAGAAAAAAGGGAAAUUAUAAUAAUAUCGUACUGCAUAUGAUAAUUCUAUUAAAAAACUAUAUCAGUACUCCCAAAAAAUAUUCUUUAAAACUAGUUGGAAAACCUAAAACUUGGACAUCUAAUGCUUUCACCAUCAUCAUCAUUAUCAUCAUCAUUAACAUUGUCACAAUUAUUAAAAAUGUUUUUUAUUAUUAUCAUCACUUCGUCAUAUUUAUCUCAAAAAUAAAAGCAUUUGGUAAAUGCCUUUAUUUUUUUAAAUUUAACCUAUGCCAGGUGACUUUGUUCUUCCAUGGAAAACUGUACCAUGGCAACCGUGCCUUGAAGGUUGAUGCACGCAGAUUUGGUGCAUUUGACUCUCCAAACUGCCCUCCUUUGGCAACAGUAGAAGCUGGUAUUGAAGGUAAGGGGCAAUAUUGUGCAAGCUUUGGAUGACUUGUCCAAAUGUGGUCCCUUUUAAUAGGUUCAAGAAAAGGUUCAAUGUGGGGGCUUUUUUAAACCCUUUACACACUGAGACCAGCAUGCAUAUUCUCCAUACUUUUCUCCAUCCAUUUCCUGAGGUGCUGAUUAGGAGAAUUUGUUUAACGAUCAAGAGCCUCUAUAGUUAGUGAUUACUUUCUCUAAUCUCAUGAUAGUAAUGUGUGAAUCAGGGAUGAUAUAGUAAGGAGAAAUUAGAUGCUUAUCACUUUUAGGGGCCAAAGGGUCAACAAUUUACAUCAUAGACUCAAUUUUUACUUAUUUUGAUGUAACACAACAAAGUACAAGUCUCAUUUUUAUCUCAAAGAGCUUUAUUUUAUUCAAUGUUUUUUCUUUUUUUUAGUUGAGUGGGAGGAGCUGUUUUAUGAAAAUCAAGCAAGGAAAUUUGAAAUACAUACCAAGAUGAGCUCCAGAAUAGGAGUGCUGAGAAUUUUCCCUGGAAUUACACAGGAAGCAGUUAGUAUUCAAAUCCUCAGCCUCUGCUUCAUGUUACUUUUUAUAUACAUUUUUUGCAGUACUAACGAGAUUUAUGAUUUAAAAUGCAACAAUAUUUACUAUACUAACAUUACUGAUAACACUUACAUUUCUUUCUUCAUCUAAUUAUUCUAAGCACAAGGUAACAAUAUAGUUCUAAAAGCUAAGUUUUUCGUUUGUCUCACGAUGUAGUAUGAUGUAGCGAUCUACAUCACACGUGGCUACAUCGUGAGACAAACGAAAAACUUAACUUUAAUUGUUAUUUACCACGAUGAAUAACCACAACCUUUUCUACCAAAUAUAGUUAUAGUUACAUUCUAAAUACUGAAGCUCAUUUUUUUAAUCCAAAGUUGCAAAUUAACAGACCAUGACAGUUGCACAAUUACCAUUGUAAGCAAACAAACAAAUUAACAAAAAAAACAAAAACAAAACCAACAAAAAUGAAAAAAAAAAAAAAAAAAAGAAAAAACAAGUGGCGUAGUUUAAUCCAUUUACCCAAUGUAAAUAUACAUGUUCUCCAUACUUUUUUUCUAUACAUUUCCCAAGCUGCUGACAAGGAGACUUUCAUGAACAAUCAAGAGCUUCUUUAGUGGGCAAUAAUUUCCUUUAUUGUUAUGAAAUAGGUUGUUGUUCAUUGUGGUAGUGGAAUGAUAUUAUAGGUUUGUUCUGUUGUCUCACAACAAGGUCACUUGAUGUAGAAUGCCGUGCCACAACCAACCAUAUAAUGCCGUGCACAACCAGUCGACCCCAUCGCCUGAAGAAGAUUUGCAGUAAGCAGUCGAAACGUUGCGUUCUACAUCAAUUGACCUUGUCGUGAGACAACAGAACAAACUUUUGAUAUCAUUUCCUUUAUUCUUGCCCACCCAUGAAAACAUCCCUGAGUAAACCAUUUGACACCCAAUAUUGCUAAAAUCAAAAUAAGAAAAAAUAGAGGCUAUAAUGUAAAUUGUUAACCCUUUGCCGGCCCCUAACAGUGAUGAGCAUCUAAUUUCUCCGUACAAUAUCACCCCUGAUUCGCACAUUACCAUCUUGAGAACAAAGAAAGUGACCACUAACUGAAGAGGCUCUUGAUUGCUGAACAUAUACUCUUAAUCAGCACCUCAAGGAAUGUCUGGAGAAUAUGCAUACUGAUGUCAGGUUGUAAAGGGUUAAACCAACAAUUGGGUAAAAAGCAGCUGAGGUUCUUUGGAUCGUUCAUAUCAUUUUUCAUUUCCUGUGCCCAUUCUCCUCACUUCCAGGUACACGCUUUUCUGGAGCCUCCCAUCGAGGGAGUCGUUCUCGAGACUUAUGGCAGUGGUAAUGGCCCUGAUUCACGAAAAGAACUCUUGGAGGAAAUACGAGCUGCGGCUAAACGCGGAGUGAUCAUUGUGAAUUGUACUCAGUGCUUGUACGGUCAUGUUGUGGAUUCGUAUGCAACAGGCAGGGUAUGUUCUUGGUUUUAGAAAGAAUUUCGAUUCAGUUGUAAUGCUAUAAUCAAUGUAAUCAUUGUCAUGGCAAAUCAGAACAAAUAUAAAUGUCACAAAGAGCCAAUUAGAACUCAGGGUAAGAGCAGACGAACCGCCAGAAAGGCGAGAAAACGCGAGUGACCAUGUCACGUGUGGCUUUGGUUUUCCAUCUGAUUGGUUGAGUGAAUGGCGUGAGUUUUCUUUGGACCAAUCAAAGUGCGCACUGAGAAAUAACUGUAGAGCACCCUGCAACUCCCUUAACAUGUGACGCUAAUGUUUAGAGAGCGAAGUAAAUAACAACGGGCAGUAUUCAUAUUCAACAAGAUGCCAGCCUGCUAAGCUUGCAGUCAAUUAGGUGUUUGGUGAAAAGAAAGGCGACUCUGUUGCGAAAAAAUGAGCUGUAAAGCUAAUCAUUCUUCCGUCAACACAAAACUUUAAUCAAGAUGCAAAGGAACGGAUGGGUUUCCGUUGUAGUAAGAAAAUACAAACGAAAUCCCCACAAUUACUUUCGACUUUCAAUUGAAAAUUUCUCCAUCUAUUUUCUAAUUUGAGUAGGUUGCAGUAACUUCAAGCUGUAUUUGCCUCUGUGUUAGGUUUUGGUGGAAGCUGGUGUGAUUUCAGGAAAUGAUAUGACGGUCGAGGCAGCGCUAACAAAACUUUCCUAUGUACUUGGACACGAUAAGCUCUCGAUAGAAGAGAAAAAAGAGGUGAGGUUCUCAUUUUGUUAUGUUACUGUCAUCUUUAUUGGUAACGGAACGAACAAUGACCUGAUAGAUUUAGUAUCAUGUCAAACUCCCAAGCAAGUGUUCUGGAGUUAUUCCAGUCAACAAAAGAAGGUCCUGCGGAAUCAUUUUACCUAGUAGUAUUACUAGGUUUUGGUCAGACCCAACGGAACUUUGACAGCUGCACUGAAGGUUGUGAGAGGCUAGAGUCUUGAUUGGAACAUGUGAUGUGGGGGGGGUGAGUAGAUAAGUGAAAGGGGGGGGGGGAUGAUAUUCCCAUCACAGUGAAAAUAUUUUAUUGGUGUUGAGAAUGACUCCGAUUUUUGUACUAUUCAAAGUAUGGAAGAUUACUUCUUCAGUUUGGUCAUGUUGAAAAAAGAAAAGGAAAACAACAAUUGAAAAGUACCUAAUGAAAUUACCUUAUUAGGUGAGAAAAAAGCCAGAACUUUGGAGCCUUUUUUUAACAACUGGCAUGUACUGUUCACUGUAUGAUUUCAGGUGAUGAAAAAGAAUCUGCGUGGAGAGUUGACACCGUACAAAGACGAAAAUAUGCAACAGUUUUCUUUGCGGGACAAUGAACUGAUCGAUGCAGUGGCUUCACAUUUCAAAGUCGGUUCAACCGAGGUGAGCAAAGCUUAGAUCUGCGUUAGUAAUAAGCUCCUUACCACGCUUUUUUUUUUUGCCUUUUUUCCCUGGUAUUUCUGAGUGAUUUCAAGGGAUUUCGAAAGUAGCUAGAACUGCUUUCGUUGAUAUCUCCUGGUCAAGGCGCUAUAUAUAGAUUUUUUUUUGUACUAGGAUGGUGUAACCAAGUAUUUUCUACCUUAUUAUAGUGGACUGGAAGUGACGGACGAUGGAAACGUUUUUGCGACUCAGAGUUUUCUCUCGAGCUACUAAUAUACAUUGAUUGUUCAUUCAUCAGAUCGUAACAAUUCAUCUCCUUACUCUUUUCCUUACUUAAGAUAAAGGAAUUUUACACACCGCCAGCCUGAAAAAAGGCCUCAUUUUGGCUUCUUACGCAACACUCCCAUGCGUGACAAGAAAAGACAGCUGUGAAAUCUUCUAAGUUCACUCUUAGAAGCACUUCCUUACCAUUCCCGGGGUAUUUCAAUUUGUUUUGUACUCUCAGUUAACUGACUUGGAAAAAGUACAAUGUAACAAACUUUUAAGAUGUAAAAUCUAAGCCAAUCAUGACUUAUUUAGGUGUUUCAACGGUGCGUAGCGGACGAAACUUAAAUCGGGAUUGCUCUGGGCUUUUGGAUUGUCAUACCUACUGUUUUUCUGUGUCACACAUAUUUCCAUUACAGGAAGUGAGGUUCAUCAAGCAAGCAUUAUUUCCAGUGUUAAUGUGUCACGCUGCAGGGAGGGGCGACAUUGAUGCUAUGGAAGACCUGCGUCAACAGGUAUAUAUCUGAAGUUGCCGAGGAUCUAAGUCCCGAACGAUUGAUUUCCUUAGUGACUUGGCCUUUGAUGAAAAGCACUCAUCCUGUGAGGCUAAGAAGCAGGGAUGAAAUAUUAGCUUUAAUGGAAGUGUUUUGUGCUUCAGAACCACGCUUGCAAUCUAAUUGGUUCUCUCACGCAACAUAUAAUUUGUUUCGUAUUUUGUUUACAGGGUGGUUUAUUAAGCGCUGCUACAAGUCACGAUGGCCGCACUCCGAUUCAUGUAGCAUGCCUGGAGGGUCAGCUGCAAGUCAUUCGGUAUCUUCUGGAGAAAGGCGCCUCGCCGCACGUUUUCGAUAAUCACGGACAAACCCCUUUGCACGAUGCCAUUCAUAGUGAUAACGAGGAGGCCAUUUUACUUCUCAGGGAGUUUGGGGCUCAUUUAGGGCCCACCACCGUGAACACAGCCCUUGAAAUAUGUUCUCUUGCCGCUGAUGAUAAGGUGGAUAGAUUGCGGGCCUGGCACUUAGCUGGAGUUGAUUUUAAUGUUGGUGAUUACGACAGGAGAACGGCUUUACAUGUGGUGAGUUUGUCCAAUUAUUUCUCUCAUACUGAGGUAAAAUAGCUCGGAGCUAAAUAGAGGAAACAGUCUGUCUCUCGUGUUUUUAAUAUGUUAGUUAAGUGGCUGACUGCUUGUGAUUUUGAGUUAAAAAUAGGGCGUUGUGCACGGUGAAAUACUGAGAUGUUUUCCCUUUUUUUUCCAUUGUUUUUAGGCUGUUUGUCGAAAUAAUGUGAACACGGUUAAAUUUUUGUUGGAGUGCGGCGUUGAUUUGAACUCGCGAGACCUUUACGGCUUUACACCGCUGAAAAACGCAGAGAUUUUUGAAAACAGAAAAAUGAUGGAACUACUCCAGUCGGCGGCAGAAAAGACAAAUGACGCAGUUGACCAGUAAAGAGGAGCUACAAAGCUCGUGUAACCUUAAUGCGACUAUUGAAAAAUUUUCAAUUCAGUGUUAAGGGGAAUCCGCACUUGUAGAGGCCAUUUCUGAAUAAUCUUUGGCCUCUUUUUCAAAACAAGGCCUGGUGGUCAACCGUUCGUGUGAAAAUGAGUUUAAUUCGGAUGUGAAUGAAAACCUAUGACGUAUGAAAGUAUGAGCACCGGGACUCGCUCGGAAACAGAGGCCAAAAGUAAUUCGAUGAUUUAUCUAUGAGUCGCACCAGCUUCUCAACCAAUCAUAUCCAAUAUUGAAUCAAACCGCGACUUAGUCACCCGCGUUUUCCCGCCACUGAGGCAGGUUACUUGUUAUGACCAGGGGUUCUCAUUGGCUCCUUGGUAUAUUUCCUUUGUUUUGAUUGGCCGUUGUGAUUGUUUGAUUCAAGUUUUGUGACGUUCAAACCGUUGAACAAUGGUUUGUUCAAUUUCAGAAGAGAAAAUCGCCUGAGAGGUCAUGUAAAACAACAGAUACGUGAAAUUGUAGCUGAGAUAUGAAGUUUCCGAAAUCGCGGAAGCUGGUAUUAUUUGAAACUUCAAGCAGCAAU